AUGUACGAUUCACCACCUAUACUACAACGACAUAUGAAAGAACGAGAAGAUCUAUCUAGGGAUGUGUUGGGCUUACCCAUAGGUACGAGGAGAGAUUUGGUGAAGCAAUUAUUAUGGUCUUUACCUAGAAACGAGAUUAUAGAUUUGACUGAAGAGUUAAGGGGGAUGUUACAAAGGGAUAUUAUUGGAUCAUUACCGCCCGAGCUUUCCUUUUCAAUAUUAUCGAAACUUGAAUUGGUGGACUUGUUGAAUUGUCAGUUGGUCUGUAAGAAAUGGAGAGAAAUAUGUGAAGAGCAAACAUUGUGGGCGAUACUCUGUACGAAUCAUAUACCACCUAUAAAACCAGCUCAACCCACUUGGUCGGAAAUAUCAGCUUGUCGCUCAUCGCUUUCUCGACGCAAAUUACCUAUCUCCUCAUCGUCUUCCCCCGAUGAAGAUGAAGAUGAAGCUCAAGACGAAAUGGGAGAAUACGGAUAUGGAUAUGAUGAUAGAUUUGGAUAUGCGAAUGGGAUUAUAGAUCCUCCAAUAUCAAUGAAAAGUAUUGGUAUUGGUCAUAAUAGAAGUAUAAGGGAAGGUAUAGAUCCAUUAGGUAUGAAAGGUGGUCUAAGAAGAAAUGUAUGGGAACGUGGUAAUAGUCAAUUACCAUUACAUCUUCAAUCACCAACAUCAACAUCAUCAAGAUCGAGCAAAACCAACGAUGGAAUAGCGAUAGGAAUAGGAGAAAAAUGGAAAGAACCUCUUGUAUCAUCGCAUUUAUCUAUCCCAUCAACAAAACCACAAGUCAAUUACAAACAUUUGUAUAUCACCAAUCAGAUAUUGAAUAAACGAUUUACUACUCCUAGAUCAACAAUCAAUACAUCAUCUUCUUACGCAUUGACGGAAAAUCAUCAUAAUGGGAAGAAUGUUGAAACUAAAGGAAAAGGAUCAAAACAAUUACCAAGAAUACCUAAAAUACCUAAAGCUAAAACCAUCGAUGCUAUCUCUUCAGUCAAAUCAGGUGGAUUACCAGGUCAUUCAGAAGCUAUUUACUCUUUGACUUUGAUUCACCAUCAAAUGAAAAUCAAUUUAAGUGGUAAUAAUCAAUCUUGUCCUGACUGUCAUCCCCCUUUUUCUUCUACCUCAUCGCCCUCCUCCUCCGCUACUCCCUCCUCAACAACAGCGACUGCAGCUGCAACAGCGACCAGCGCUCAACUGGUCGAUCCUUUUGGUAUCUCAUCACAAAGUUCGACGCACCAUGAUACGGUUUCAGGAAUAGGAGCUUUGAUGCCUGGUCAAAAGAAACUCAAUUCUUCCGUUAUCAGUGGACGGGAAUGGUUACUGUCCGGAUCAAGAGAUAAGACACUCAGAUUGUGGCAAUUGUCAAUUACUGAACCUAGAGUAGUAAAAGUCUUCUCAGGUGGUCAUACAGGUUCAGUCUUGACUCAUAGCGUAGUGAAAAUACCAGUCUCAAUCAACAUCACUACCAACUCGAAUAGCUCUUCGCCAACGGAAGGAGUCGAAGGAAUGAAUCUAAAUGGGAAUGAAACUGAUGAUGGGAAUAGAUCGAAAAGAAGGGAAAGGGUAGUAGCUGUUUCCGGUGGAAGUGAUGGUAAAAUAUGUUUAUGGGACAUUCAAGGUUUCUCUUCCAAUCCAGAAAAAACAUUUCAAGCUCAUGAAGACAGUGUACUUUGCGUUAGAGCGGAUGAUCAAUACGUUGUUAGUUGUUCAAAAGAUAAAACAAUCAGGUUAUUCGAUAUUAACACUCUCGAAGAAAAAUUAGUCAUUGGUCCUUCUAUGAAUGGUUCAAUCGAGGAUGAGAGAUUACAUAGAGGUGCCGUGAAUGCUGUUGGGUUAUCAAAAGAUUAUAUUAUCUCAGCAUCGGGUGACAAGACACUUCGUAUUUGGUCAAUUCAUACCGGACAACUAUUACAUGUGAUCGAAGCUCAUUCAAGAGGAAUUGCUUCAAUCGAUUUCCAAACUUCCCUUCAUCCCCCGUCGAAUCUACUUGAUCUUCAUCUGGAAACGGGUGAUGAAUGGAGAGGGAGCAUUGUAACCGGAGCUUCUGAUGCAAGUAUAAAGCUAUUCCAUCUCAUCGAAAGAGAUGUAUCGUUUCUGCGAUCGAAUCAACAACGGCAAACAGCCACCAAAGAACUUAGCGAGAACGCUUUGGCUGUGGGAGAAGGACAAAUGAUGGACCUGGGUUCCACUUUCACUUCCGACGUCGCCGACGAACUAUCAGUGGAAAAUGGCAAAUUCGUAUACUUGAAAGAAGAUAAAACGAUGUGGGCGCAAUGUAUCUGUCCACCAGGACUGCAUAGACCUUCUUCAGAAACAAAUGGAUUGACUAUCUGUAAGAGAUGUGGCAAUAGAGGUCACAGUGAUUUGAUUAGAACGGUUUAUAUGGGUGAAAAUAUAGUCGUAUCAGGAAGUUACGAUUCAAGAGUCAAAAUAUGGGAUAGAUCAUCAGGACAACAUUUGAUUGAUCUGUCAGGUGCACAUACCGGAAGAGUAUUCUCAGUUGUUGGCGAUAAGUUGAAAAUAAUUUCAUCAGGUUUAGAUUGUAGAAUCAAUAUAUGGGAUUUCAGUCAUGGUUUAGAUACAAGUUUUGUUGAAUUGUAA